AUGGAGCCUCUAGGUUGGGACGACCGCCGCGACGGCAACAACUGGGACCUGAACGCCGUACUGCGUCCCGGCUGCCGAGGUCCCAUGCCGCCGCCGCCGCCGACAAGGACGGCCAACAACCCCCUCGCACGGUACGCCCCGCCACCACCAGCUCAGCCGGCUCAUGCCGCCACUGUCUUCGUCGACGGCCUCGGCCAUCAGGCCAUCUCUGCGCUUCCUCAGCCGCAGGAGCUGGAUCAGGAUCUGCCCCACGCGGUAGGGUGGGGUCCGAGCCUGGAUCUGCCGCUGCUGCCGAAGCCGGACUACACCGCAGCCGUCGGUACACCUGAACAUCAGGCGCCGCUGAACCUACCGUGGCCGAGAAACGAAAUUCCGGUGCCGUCCGUCCAGCGACCAGCCGGGAAACACAAGACGGCGCCUUCCGGCGGCUGUGACGCUGCAGAAGGGCCCAGCCGAUCCAAGAAAAGGGGCAACAGGACAACCAAAGAUAGCAAGGUGGUCCUGGUGCUAGCCGAGGAUCCGACGCCACCAGACUCGUGGGCGUGGCGCAAGUACGGGGAGAAGUCGAUCAAGGACACCCCGUACCAUCGCAGCUACUAUCGAUGCAGCACCGACAAGAACUGCAAGGCGCGGAAGCAGGUGCAGCGCUGCCUCACCCAGACGAGCUUCCUGGCCGUCUCCUACAUCGGCGAGCACAGCCACCCGAUGCCGCUGGUCCGCAACUGCCAAGCCGGCACCACUCACCACAAGCCGCCGCCGCGGCAGCCUACGUCGCCGUUCAUCAGGAUCCCCGCCAGGGAGAACCAGCUGCAGGCGCCUCCAGCUCCGCCGGCGUCCGCGUCGGCCUCGCUGCUGUCUGUUUCGGCGACGCCCCUCGGGAUCAAACACGUGGAGCAGCCGCCGCAGGCUUCGGCUACGGCUCUGGCACCGUCCGCGUCGCCCAUGAUGCCCCCUACCACGCUGUUGCGUUCGCCGUACGUAGAGGUUUACAAGGAGGGGGACGACAGCCGCCCCAUGCCGCUCGUCUGCAACUGCCUCAUCUGCACGACCUGCCAGAAGACGCCGCUUCUGCUGCCUCCGUUAUCGGUCAUUGAGACCCCUUCCAGGGAGAGCCAACCGCAGGCUCCGGCUCUGCUGGUGCCCAUGCCCUACUCGCUGUCACCCGACACCACGCUGCUGCCGUCGCCAUUGCUUAAUAUCCUAGCCGUGGAGGAACAGCAGCAGACUCCAGCUCUGCCGCCGUCGGCAUCGGCCUCGCUAUCAUCAAACACGCCGCUGCCGCCUGUGUCACCGCUCCUCAGCUUCCAAGCCGAAGAGCUGCCAACUCAGAUUAUAACAAAUAUUCCAUGA